AUGGAAAACCCAUUUCUAUGUGAUAGAAAAUGAAAUUGAAAAUUGGGUUUCAACGAGACGAUUGAAAAGUGUGUUUUUUUCUUAUUUUAUUUUAUUCAUUUUGUUGGUUAGUUAAUUGAGACUAGAACCGUUAUGAAUUUUUGUUUCUCUGGCCUGUUAGAAAAAGCAGUGAUAUUGAUUGUUUGGAGAGAAAGAAAAUAGUAGAAUUUUACAAGAAAAGGGAGAAGAUGCAUUUGUAUAUUGUGUAUUGUUAAGUGUGUUUGGGUAAAGGGCUAUCUCUGUUAUUAACAGGGUGGUGGAUUUUUGGUUUCCUGUGUAUAUAUAUGCGGCUUAUACAUUUUUCUUCAAGUUCUGAAUGCAAUCCAAAUUUCCAGUCUCCUACAUUGUUCUCUAAAAUGCAACUCAAAAGUUCCACCUGCCAAUGUACUAACAGCACAUGGUGGGGAUUUAGGAGUUUUUUGGAUAUUUUUCGAGCAAUGCAAUUCAAGGAUAAUCAAGGUUUGGUGCCUCCUCGUGCUUCUGAUCCUGGUUGGGCCCAUGGUAUUAUGGUAAAUGGGGGCCGCCAAAAGAUUAAAUGCAAAUACUGCCACAAGGUAAUGCUUGGAGGUGGGAUUUCUAGACUGAAGCAACAUUUAGCAGGAGAAAGGGGGAAUGUAGCUCCAUGUGAGGAAGUACCUGAAGAAGUAAAAGUGCAGAUUCAGCAACAUUUAGGCUUUAAAGUAUUAGAAAAGCUGAAAAAGCAGAAAGGACUGAAGCAUUGCAAGAAGUCUGCAUCCUACAUGCAAUGUAGAGAAGAAGAAGAUGACCAUGAUGAUAAUGAUGAUGUCGUCCGAAUUCAGAAGACAUCUCUCACACAAGGUUCUGGGAAGAGAAGGGGAAAAGAGGUUGUGGAAGGAAUUUCCAGUCGAACAAAGAGGCAAAAGAAGCAAUGCUUUCCAACAGCUACACCGAUUGUCACUCAACCAUUGUUUCAGAGUUUUGCUUCUCAAGAGAUCAUAGAUCAAGCUGAUAUGGCUGUUGCAAGAUUUAUGUACGAAGCUGGCAUACCAUUCACUGCUGCAAAUUCACAUUAUUUCCAAGAGAUGGCUGAUGCAAUUGCUACUGUAGGUCCUGGCUAUAGGAUGCCUUCUUAUCAUUCUUUGAGGGGCAAAUUGUUGAACAGAAGCGUUCAGGAUGUUGGUGAAUAUGGUGAGGAGCUGAGAAAAUCUUGGGAGGUGACUGGGUGUUCAGUCAUGGUUGAUAGGUGGAUGGAUAAAACUGGCCGUACAGUCAUAAACUUUUUUGUUUAUUGUCCUAAGGGUACUUUGUUCCUCAAAUCUGUCGAUGCAUCAGACAUCUCAAAUUGUCCAAAUACACUUCUUGAUUUAUUUGAUGGUAUUGUUCAAGCAGUUGGGCCUAAGAAUAUUGUCAAUUUUGUCACAGAUUCCACACCCAGUUAUAAAGCUGCAAGAAAACUCUUAAUGGAUAAAUACAAAACCUUUUUCUGCAGUACAUGUGGAAUACAUUGUAUUGACUUAGUGCUUGAGGAAAUUGGAAAACUAGAUGAAGUAAAAGGGGUUCUGGCAAAGGCAAAAAGGAUAACUCAGUUUAUCUACAACAACGCAUGGCUCCUUAAUCUAAUAAGGAAAAAAACAGGUGGAAGGGAUAUAGUCAAACUUGCACCUACAAGGUUCGCUUCCAUCUUUCUAACACUGCAAAACAUUGUAUCUUUGAAGGAUCAGCUCCAUCAAAUAUUUACUGGUGCUACUUGGAUGCAAUCAGCUUUCUCCAAACAAAGGGCUGGACUUGAGGUGUCAGAGAUUAUUGUGGAUGAACAUUUUUGGUCACUAUGUGAUCAAACUGCAAAGGUGACAAAGCCCCUACUUUCUGUUUUACAUCUUUUAGACGGUGAGGACAAGCCCUUCAUUGGAUAUAUGUAUAAUGCAAUGGAAAAGGCAAAGAAAAGUAUCAUUGUAGCAUUUAACAAUAAGGAAUCAAAGUACUUGCCUUAUUUGAAGGUAAUUGAUGAUAUUUGGAAGGCAGAGUUUCAUAGCCCACUUCAUGCAGCUGCAUACUAUCUCAACCCAUCCAUAUUUUAUAACCCUAGUUUCUCUACCAACAAAGUUAUCCAGAAGGGCUUUCUUGAUUGUAUUGAAACCUUAGAGCCUAACAUAACAGCCCAGGUAACAAUUACAAGUAACAUAAAAUUCUAUGAGGAAGCUGCGGGGGAUUUUGGUCGGCCUGUUGCUUUACGUGGUCGAGAAUCAUUAGCUCCAGCUACUUGGUGGUCACUUUAUGCAGCAGAUUACCCUGAUCUACAACGAUUAGCUGUAAGGAUAUUAAGUCAAACUUGCAACAUAAUUCGAUGUGAUAGGAGCUGGAGCAUGUUUGAACGUACACAUUCAAAGAAGAAAAACCGGCUGGAGCACCAACGGCUGAAUGACCUCUUAUUUGUUCACUACAACUUACAUCUUCAACAGAGACGAUCUGAAACAAGUAAAACUAGAUAUUCAAGAGGUAUGCUGGAUCCCAUAUGCUUAGAAGCUACAGAUGCCAACAUGGUAGACUGGUUGGAUGACCCAGGAGUUAACGAUAAUGAAGAUCUUAGCUGGAUGGAUGUAACAAUUCCCUGUGAGAAAACUUUGCCAAGUAAUAGUGCAAAGAGUACUGAUGAUUCUAAUGACAGUACAGAUGACCGGGGUAGCGAUGAUGCAAGAGGUAUGGAUGAAAAUGAUGAUUCGUAGUGGUCAUAUUAGAGUCAAUUAGACCACCUAGUCACAUUUAUUGAUAAUGCUCAUUGUAUGAGGUUUGUCUGUUGGUGGUUCUUAUUCUCUCUCGCUCUCUCUAUUGUACAUGCACAGACUAGUUUGCAUUGCUGACGUGAGGCAUGCAUGUAAUAAGGAUUAAUCAGCACUGAAUUCCCAGAAAA